AUGGACUUUCUGGUUUUGAGGCAGGUAACAAGCGACCAGUCGUCUACUUCUUUACCAUUGGCAGAUUGGAAACCGCCAAACGGCAUGGAGCUAGCCAAUCCGGAAUUCUUCGUCUCUGUUCCGAUCGAUUUGGUGCUUGGGUCUCAAUUCUUAUACGAUUUUCAUCUACUCGAUGGUGGCCGGAUACAACUGCGGGCGGGUGAGUCGGAGUGGUCUACAACAAAAGCUACCGUUAGUUUUAGUUGUCACGUAGCGAUAGCUGAACCGCUAGAUAAGAUCAUCGAGAAAUUCUGGACAAUUGAGGAGAUGUUAGAGAAGCCACUUCGAUCACAGGAAAAGAAGGACUGCGAACAACACUUUCAAAGCACGUUCACCCGUGACGAAUCGGGACGCUAUAUAGUACGGUACCCAAAACGGAAUGGGUUCCACGACAAAAUCGGCGAUUCGAAGGGUGCACCCUUACGACGAUUUCGACAACUAGAAAGGCGUUUGGAAAGGGGUUCUGAUUUACGUGACCACUACAACGAAUUCCUACAAGAAUACCUUGCAAUGGGCCAUAUGCAACUGAUCGGAGAAAUGGAGUAUACACUGGAUGAAGGGCGCACUACUUACUAUUUGCCCCAUCAUCCUGAGUUUAAAGAGUCUAGCUCUACGACCAAGAUAUGGGUAGUGUUCGAUGGAUCAGCGAAAACCACUACAAAUCACUCGCUCAACGACACUCUACUUACGGGUCCAGUAAUUCAGGAUGAGCUGCUGGACAUCAUGGUACACAUUCACCCGGAGGAUGCGUCGCUUCAAUGGAUCCUGUGGCGCUUCGAUCAGGCUGAACCGAUCAAGGUGUACGAGCUACAGACGGUCACUUACGGUUUAGCGCCAUCAUCUUUCCUUGCCACUCGCGUACUUAAACAGCUUGCCAUAGACGCCGCUCUAGAGGAGCAAUCCACGCUACAUUUCGAUGCAGAAACAAAGGUGAAGACGCUUGAAGUAGUGUGGGAGACAGGAACGGACCAACUGUGUGUUGAGAUACGAGUAACGGAAUAUGACGAUCAAUGGACAAAAAGGAAGAUAUUUUCGGAGAUUGCGCAAUUGUACGACCCGCUUGGCAUCGUGUCACCUGUGAUUGCUUGGGCAAAAAUUUGGAUGCAGCACCUCUGGUUAGUUAACGUCGACUGGGAUGAUCCGAUUCCACGCGAGAUCGAAUCUAAAUGGAAUGAUUUCCAUUCACAGCUGCCCCUACUGAAGCAAUACAAAGUUCCCCGUUAUAUAUUUACACCAAAAGCUACAACAGUUCAAUUCCACGUAUUCUGCGAUGCAUCGGAAGUAGGCUAUGGAGCAUGCAUUUACGCUCGCUCAGCCAGCAAGGAACUACUGACACACGGACAUCCUUGGAAUCACGUGAAGGGUACGGAUAAUCCGGCGGAUCACGUUUCGCGUGGUAUGCUGCCGGCAGAUUUCAUCGUCGACAUUCUUUGGAGGAGUGGUCCCGGAUGGCUAGCAGACGAAGUGGAUAAAUUGCCGAAGCAUGCACACCCGCUUCUUCCAAACGAGGACAUCCUGGAACGAAAGAAAACGGUUUUAGUGGUUCAGUCAACGUCGCAGGAAAAUCCGUUAUUUGAGCGCUAUUCUUCAUUCGGGCGUCUAGUUCAAAUCACUGCUUACCUUCGUCAAUUCAUCAUACGCUGCCGCUCUAAACAUCAUGAUUAUGAAGCAUUCCUUUCGACGGUGGAGCUGCAAGAAGCAAAGGAAGCUUUAGUAAAGGUGGUUCAACAAGAAGUGUUCCCAGAAGAGUUGAUUCAGUUUAAGCAAAAACGUCCGGUUCCCUCGAAAUCACCCCUGAAAAAUCGAUAUCCUUUCCUAGACGAGAAUGGCAUAAUACGUGUCGGUGGCCGGCUGAAUUUCUCCAACGAAACCUACCAAACCAAGCACCAUAUGGCUCUUCCCAACAAGCACCCCCUAUCUCCCCAACCUCAAGGACAGCUUCCCAAGGCACGCAUUGUCCCUAGUCGACCAUUCUCAAUCACCGGUGUCGACUACUGUGGCCCUAUAUACUUAAAACCUUUCCAUCGACGAGCGGCCUCUCAAAAAGCUUUCAUUGCUGUGUUUGUUUGCUUCGCUACCAAGGCCACUCACCUGGAACUCGUGUGCGAUUUGUCAACGGACGCAUUAAUUGCCGCGCUUCGACGCUUUAUUGCCCGGUGCGGCUUGCUAACGGAAAUCCAUUCUGAUAAUGGUACAACCUUUAAAGGAGCAAAAACAACACUCACGGAAAUGCAUCGCCUAUUUAGCAUCAAACACAACAAGGAAAAAUUAAUCAAUGAAUGCAGCAGCAAAGGAAUCACUUGGCGGUUCAUUCCACCUCGAGCACCAAAUUUCGGCGGCCUUUGUGAAGCGGCUGUUAAGACAGCGAAGUCCUCUCUGGUAAAAACAAUCGGCUGCCGAAAACUUUCAUACGAGGACAUGGUCACUGUCCUCUACUAG